AAGUUUAUACUUUAACUUUAUACAAUCAAAUCAACGUAUUCCUCCGUCAAACUUCUCCCAACUCCGAUUUCUUCCUUUGCCAUUUUCUCUCUCCUCUCCCUAAAUUCUCAACUCAAAACCAUAAAAAUGGUAGCAUCAACAUCAAAAACCAUUGAUGAACUUCAGAAACAACUUCCUUUGAAACACGAUACUCUGCUUUUGUCCGACGAUUCCUCCACCGGACUUGUUCUCGUCGACAUCGUCAAUGGCUUCUGCACCGUCGGCGCCGGAAACCUCGCUCCAAAAGUGCCGAAUGAGCAAAUCGCGGCAAUGGUGGAAGAAUCGGCGAAAUUAUCUAGGGUUUUUUGCGAUAAAAAAUGGCCGGUUUUCGCAUUCCUUGAUUCUCAUGAUCCUCUUAUUCCUGAACCUCCUUAUCCUCCUCAUUGUUUUGCUGGCACUUUGGAAUCCAAAUUUGUUCCAGAAUUGGAAUGGUUGGAAGGUGAAGCUAAUGUAACAAUGAGGCUUAAAGAUUGCAUUGAUGGAUUUCUCGGUUCGAUCGAGGAAAAUGGAUCCAAUGUGUUUGUUGAUUGGGUGAAAGCAAACAAGCUUAAAGCUGUAUUGGUUGCCGGUAUAUGUUCAGAUAUAUGUGUGUUGGAUUUUGUAUCCUCUGCACUUUCAGCCAGAAAUCGAGGCAUCCUUGCUCCUCUGCAAGAUGUGAUUGUGUACUCGCGAGCUUGUGCUACAUAUGAUCUUCCAGUGCAUAUUUCAGAAACCAUUGAAGAUGCAAUAGCACAUCCGCAGGAUUUGAUGCAGCAUAUAGGUCUUUACAUGGCUCAGGGAAGAGGAGCCAAAGUGGUAUCAGAGGUGUCCUUCACUACAUAACUGCAACUCUGCAAGACUUGGUGCCCCAAAUGCUGCAGGUUCACGAACUUCUUGUGCGUGAACAUAUCAUAUUUUAGGUCUAUAUAAAAUUCUUUUUGAGGACUUUACAUGUAUUAUGAACUAAUUCAACUUGGUUGACGUCUCUUUAAAGUUUAAACCACACAAAUUUGAUAAAAAUAGGGAAUUUUUUUUUCUGAAGUUUCCAUUUCAGUUCCAAAAAAUUUAUCAAGGGCUUCAUAAUCUGCAUUUUUCCUAUUGC